AUGUCUGGCGCAGUCGCCCGCCUAGCGAACAUCAACGUUGGCGGGGCUCCGAAUGCUGGCACCUCCUUGCUGCAAUCUCAGAAAAAUGCUGACAAUGGUGCAAGCGCUGAUAUCGGCCUCAUCGGCCUGGCCGUCAUGGGCCAGAACUUGAUCUUGAACAUUGCCGAUCACGGGUACACCGUCUGCGCUUUCAACCGCACCGUGUCCAAGGUCGACGCCUUCCUUGCCAACGAGGCCAAGGGCAAGUCGAUUGUUGGCGCUCAGUCCGUGCAGGAGUUCGUCUCCAAGCUGAAGAGCCCUCGCCGUAUCGUACUCCUCGUGCAGGCCGGCAAGCCCGUUGACGACUGGAUCGAGACUCUGCUCCCCCUCCUUAGCGCUGGCGACAUCAUCAUCGACGGUGGUAACUCUCACUUCCCCGACUCUAACAGGAGGACAAAGUACCUUUCUUCCAAGGGCCUCCGCUUCGUCGGAUCCGGUGUCUCUGGUGGUGAGGAGGGUGCCCGCUACGGCCCCUCGCUGAUGCCCGGUGGCCACGAGGAGGCCUGGCCCCACAUCAAGGACAUCUUCCAGAGCAUCGCUGCCAAGAGCGACGGCGAGGCAUGCUGCGAGUGGGUCGGUGACGAGGGCGCUGGCCACUACGUCAAGAUGGUGCACAACGGUAUUGAGUACGGUGACAUGCAGCUCAUCUGCGAGGCGUACGACAUCAUGAAGCGCGGUCUCGGCCUGAAGAACAAGGAGAUUGGUGACGUUUUCACCAAGUGGAACAAGGGCGUUCUCGACUCUUUCCUGAUCGAGAUUACCCGCGACAUCAUGUACUUCAACGAUGAUGACGGCACUCCCCUCGUCGAGAAGAUCCUUGACAAGGCCGGCCAGAAGGGUACCGGCAAGUGGACUGCGGUCAACGCGCUCGACCUGGGCAUGCCCGUUACCCUGAUCGCCGAAGCCGUGCUUGCCCGUUGCCUGUCUGGCAUCAAGGAUGAGCGUGUCAAGGCGUCUACCAAGCUCGAGUUUGUCGGUCGCACCGCCACCUUCGAGGGCAACAAGGAGCAGUUCCUCGAGGACCUCGAGCAGGCUCUCUACGCGUCCAAGAUCAUCUCGUACGCCCAGGGCUUCAUGCUCAUGCAGGAGGCUGCCAAGGAGUACAACUGGAAGCUCAACAAGCCGUCGAUUGCGCUCAUGUGGCGCGGCGGGUGCAUCAUUCGCUCCGUGUUCCUCAAGGACAUCACGGCCGCGUACCGCAACAACCCGGAUCUCGAGAACCUUCUGUUUGACGACUUCUUCAACAAGGCCAUCCACAAGGCUCAGCCCGGCUGGAGAGAUGUGGUUGCCAAGGCCGCUCUCAUCGGUAUCCCGACUCCCGCCUUCUCCACGGCCCUGUCGUGGUUCGACGGCUACCGCACCAAGGAUCUGCCCGCCAACCUCCUGCAGGCGCAGCGUGAUUACUUCGGUGCCCACACCUUCCGCAUCAAGCCGGAGGCGGCGACCGAGAAGUACCAGGUGGGCAAGGACAUCCACGUCAACUGGACCGGGCGUGGUGGCAACGUUUCGGCCUCGACAUACCAGGCCUAA